CAUCUAUCGCUCGGUCUAUCGGUGGUGGCGAUGCGCAAAUGAUCAGUGACGCCCUUGACCGCUUAAUGGACGACGGAGUCGUAUUCAGCACCAUUGAUGACUCUCAUUUUAGUGUGUCUCGCUAAGAUGCCUUGAUCUUGUAGUCGUACAAGCCAACGUAAACGGCCAACCCAUAUUUGUAUUCUAUCACUUGCUUUAUUUAUCCUUCUUUUUACCACCAUCAUCUUGGGGUGACGCAUGGGUAUCAGGCUCAACGAUGGAUAAAGUUGCCAUGAAUGAAGGCGGGCAUAAUAAUAAGGGACCUCGGUAUGAUGUCAAAGACUCGAUACGUUGCAUCACCAUUGCUCAAGCAGGGAAAUCUGAGAGGAUGCACGAUGCUGCACCUUUCAAAAUAGAUGGGAAAGAAAUUGGACAGGUCGCGAUAGUUGGGAACCUUCUCUCCUACUCCUUGGAAGCAAACUAUACAGCAUACGAGAUAGACGACGGGACUGGAAAGAUUACUGCCUGUCUGUGGAAAUCCGAUGCUAGCGACGUCUUUGUUUCAGAUAUCGACCAGGAGACGAUCAAUAAUUUGCAGCUCAUUCGCGUCAUUGGCAGGCUUGGCCGAUGGCAGACUAAGACUACACUGUCUAAGAUACUAUCGAUACAUAAAAUAUCUGAUCCUCAUGCAGUAUACUGCCAUUUGUUGCAAUGUGCAACGGAGAGCUUGAUAUACGAACGAGGCAUGCCGCCUUCCCAGGAAACAAGCGUUCCUCCCGCACUCCGAGCGUCUGCGCAGCCGGACGACGGUAUCCAUGUCGUGACGAUGAGCUUUGCGGAGACGUCUUUGAGCCCUUCACCCAAGCGAAAGCCGCGAAAAAAGCUCCCGUCUAAGCAGCCGACCCCAUCUCCUCCAGACUCUCCCAUUGAGAUCCACAUGAUUGAGCAUGAAAUUGACGAGGACAUAGUGAUGUUAGAAUACCCCAAUAGAUCCAGCCCAACGACACCCCAGAAAACACCGUCGACCCGAAAUCAGGCGACACCGUCGCUUUUGUUCUCACAGGAUGCGACAACUCCGACGUCUUCAUCAAAAAGGCGCCUCAGAGAUCAUAUUCACGAUUCGCCCUCGAAAACGCGCCCUCAGAAUCGUGAUCCGUAUUCAGAUCUUAACGCCAUUCAGAGAGACAUCAUUCUCUUUAUCAACGAAAAGGCAGGCAACGUUAGCCUGUAUCCUGCAAUGGACGGCAAUCCCCACGCGUUGGCCUUUGAGGAAGGCAUUUCCCGUAACACAAUUAUCAACACGCUGAGCCAUCGCCGCGUGCCCGCCGAUGCGAUACGGUCCGCCAUUGAAUUUUUAAUAGCCCGCGGUUACAUCUAUUCCACGGGUGACGAAGAACAUUUUGCAGUCACUUGAUCAUAAGGAACGUUCUCUUAUGACAUGUCGUGCAACAUCUUGGAACCUAUUUCUUUUCAUGUAUCACGUUGGAGCAGUUUGUUGUAAUAUUCUUUUUGUUCGAUCUUGCUUGAAUCAUUUUCGACUUCCGGGACGCGUCAUCAGUGUGAAU